UAAAUUAAGACAAGUUCCAAGAAAUUAAUAGUCUAGCAAAAGCAGUGAAUUGGAAAGAGUGCAGCAUCCAUUAAUCUCACUGUAUGAGUCCCAGCUCCCUCUAAGUUGCCUGCCUGUAGGAUAUAAGGAGUCAAUGAGUUGCAUGGUGAUGUACCUUCACAGUGAGUUGAAGAAUUUGUGAUUGCAGUAGAUCUAUAAUAUUAUAAUGUUGGCACCACUUUUGUAGAACUUCAUGUAUUUACUCUUGUGUUCAUAUUGAAAGGAUCAAAACUGAAAACUUGCCACAGAUAAAUUGUAGGUUAUUGCGUUAACUUUGUAGAUUUGAGGUGCCGACUAUACCUCAGGAUCAAUUAUAUCACGUUAAGUUAAUGAUUAACAACAACUCGGCUCAGUACGGAGGAGGGAUAUUCGUGGCAGAUGAUACUGAGAGUGCAUGGGACCUGCAGAAAAGGGGCCACAGAAACUGAUGAUAUUCAAACCAUUUUUGCUGACUGCUUCAUUCAAACAAUUAAACUGUAUACGUAUGAGUUUUAUAACAGUCGAAACUAUUUCAACACAUUCAUGACUACCAACAUGGCUACCCAGUCAGGAGCAGAUAUCUACGGAGGUCUGUUGGACAGGUGUACAGUAAAUAAAAAUGUUGAAUAUAACAAUUAUACGAAUGCAUUGGACUACAUAAAUAACACCAUAAAGUCCUCCACCGAAUUAUCAAUAUCCUCUAAGCCUGUUCAAGUAAUUGUUUGCAGUGAUGACUAUAUUUCUGCAAAAAAGGGACACACAUUUAAAAUCAGUGUUAUGGCUGUUGACCAAGUUGGAAAUGCAAUGAAUGCCACAAUUCACAGUUAUGUUGUCAGUAAGAGUGGAGUUGGCCGGCUCAAAGAAGGACAGGCAGAACAGGAAGUUGGCAAUCAGUGCACAAAAUUAGAGUACACUGUAUUCUCACAAGACAGCUCCGCUCAGGUGGAACUCUAUGCCGAGGGUCCAUGCAACAAUUUGGGAAUUUCAAGAAAACUUAUUAAUAUUUCGUUUCAACUCUGCACAUGCCCUAUUGGACUCAAGCCAAUUCAGUCCGAUAUUGAGUGCAAGUGUGACUGUGAUCCAAACUUGCUACCAUAUCAGAUAACAAACUGUUCUGAGGAAAAUGAAACCAUAAAGCUGGAAAGCAAUAACAACAUAUGGAUAGAAUUCAUAAAUACUACCAACAAAACAGGUUAUGUUGUUAGCAACUGUACAUUUGACUAUUGUGUAGAAAGGCCCAUCAACAUCAGUCUAAGCAACAGUGACGAACAGUGUGCCCACAAUCGAAGUGGUGUCUUGUGUGGAGAAUGUGAACCAGGACUCAGUCUUGUGUUGGCUACAUCAAACUGUAAAGAAUGCUCUAAUCUUUACCUUCUUCUACUAAUACCAUUUACGCUAGCUGGUAUAUUGCUAGUUGCUUUAAUUCUCGUGCUCAACAUCACUAUAGCAACUGGAAAUAUUCAUGGCCUCAUUUUCUAUGCCAAUAUACUAGCAGCUAAUAGAGCGAUUGUCUUACCUAAUUUAAACAACUUUUUAACGGUUUUCGUAUCAUGGGUGAAUCUUGACUUGGGUAUUGAGACAUGCUUUUACAAUGGAAUGAACUCUCAAGCAAAAGUGCUCUUUCAACUUGUCUUUCCAGUAUACCUAUUUUUUCUGAUGUUCUUAAUAAUAAUUUUGAGCAAGUACUUUGACUCAUUCGCAAAGCUCCUCUCCAACAGGAACCCAGUUGCUGCCCUAGGCACACUCGUUCUACUCUCUUAUUCCAAACUCUUACGGUUUAUCAUUGCUGCACUGCAAUACGGAGUCUUGGAUUAUCCUGACGGUUCAACCAACACUGUUUGGUUGUAUGACGGCAAUGUGCAAUACGUCACUACCAAACACAUCCCUCGGUUUGUUGCUGCUGCCAUAAUCCUUAUUGCCGGUGGAUUGUUCACUGUACUGCUCUUCUUUGGACAAUGGCUUCCGCACUGUUCCAAGGUUAUGAAAUGGACUAAAAACACAAAGUACAUUGGCUUCAUGGAUGCAUACCAUGCUCCAUUCACUCCCAAGCAUCGCUACUGGGUGGGACUGCUCCUCUUUGCUUUGAUUAUUCAUACUAUAGUAAGUGCUACAGCUCCAAAUACUUUUCUUCCUGUGCUAUCAUCUGGGGUUCUAUCAGUUGGACUGAUUGUUUGGAAACUAUUGAAUAAUCGUUUGUAUAACAGCACAUUAUGUGGUUCCCUUGAAACUCUCUAUCUACUCAAUCUUACUAUUCUUGCAUUUGGCACCUCUUUGUCAAAGAUACCAGGAGAGAUCAGUCAGCACUAGCCAAUACGUCGAUGGCUAUAUCAUUCACUCUAUUUGUGAUAACAUUCUGCUAUCAUUUUUACCAAUUCUUACUCAAGAAAACUAAUACAUGGCUGAAGAUAGAAGAUACAAUAAGGAACUUAAGAGCUGGUGCUGCAGACAUGAGACUCCACACUGGUCAGGAAAUGUAUCAACUGGUAGCCAAUGAAAAUGAUGACGAUGAAUUACUUGAAGUACCAGUAGUGGAUGAUUAUGAACAAAGAGAGUCUGACCCACUUCACACUGAUGGGGUGGAAGAAGCUGACCCUGAUCGCUACAUCACUCCUCCCAUCAUCAGACCAGCCACGAGGCCAGACCAGCUGAGACUAUCUUACAUGGAUGAUCUAGCCCCCCUCACCACAGAGGACUACAGACCAGCCCCUCCCCCUACAAGAGUCAACCAUCGUCCUGCUGUUACACACACAGAAAUCGGCCCCAUACAAAAUGAAGUGUGAACUGUCUUGUACAUUAUUUAUAGCUAUAAUUAUUAUACCCAUACAUUUUUAGCUAUAUUUAAUUUUUUUUUGUUAAUUAAAACUGGAGCC